AUGAAUACCGAAUAAAUCGUGAUAUCCUUUUUCUUAAUACAUACCUUACUGUCUGUUGUUGUUUAUUGUUUAGAACUUGAUAUUUUUAAACUAAUAAUCGAAGGAUUGCUAAUGGCUCUGAUACUACUAUUUUUUAUAUUUAGGACGGAGAAGAAACUAGUUUUCAUUAUUUAAACUCUUUUAUCCUUCAACAUAUUCAUAAUAGGGCUUGUUUAAAUAAAUUCCUCAUACAUUUUUAUACAUUUUGUUGGAUGGUUCAUUGUAACUCGAAAAUUCUUGAAAAUUCAUAAAGCUGUACGGUUUCUGUACUCAAUAAUUAUAGUAAUCGGCUCGGCAUAUUAAAUUUGGAGACUUUGGAAUAGCAAUACUUAUCAAGCAAUCAUACACAUGCAAGGAGUAUUGAGCUUCUCUGCUUGUUAUUGUUAUUACGAAUAUCAAAUUCAUAUAAAAUAGAACAACACAGAAACGUUUCAAAGCUCUCAAAAAGUCAUAAGUGAAGAUUUUCAUAGAUUUUUAACUACUCGAAGAUCAAUGAAUACUUUAUGCUCUGAUUUUGUUGUAUUGGAUAUCAUUCCCCAUGGUGUGGUGUUGUUGACCUGUAAAUAUGAAUUCCAACACAUAAAUGAAAAGGCCAUAGAUUAAAUAUAUGGUUUGACUGGGAUCAAACCAAAUGAAGAUAAUGUUGUAGAUCUAAUAAAUUCAGUUUUAAAAGGUUUAUUAAGCAAAAAAAAUUCACCCAAAAACAAGUCUGAAAAUCAGGUUUCUAAAUUGAUCAGCCCCUAGAACAUAAUAAAUAUUGACUCUUCUGAAGAUGUCAAACCCACUCCAUUGGAACAUAUCAUCAGCAAUCAAAAAGGAUCUUCAAUAAUGACUGUAACAUUUGCUAACUAUUAUUAGAGUAAAUUGAUUACGACAUAUCAAUCCUAGGGGAAGAUGAGAAGUGUUAAAUUCUAAAUUCAAAAACAAGAACUACCAAAUAUUGUAAUAAUUUUAAUCUUAGAUGUUACAUCCAAAAUUGAAAGACAAAAUCAAGAAAAAAAAUACAAAUUCCAACAUUAACUCUUGAACUCCUUUUCUCAUGAACUCAGAACUCCUCUCAAUUGUUCAUAACAAUUAUUGGAAAGUCUGAUUGUAAAACAAUAGGAUGAAGAGUAAUUAAAGAGUUUAUAUCAGAUCUUUCAUUAGAAUGAUCUACUGCUAUGUUAAAUCAAUGAUAUACUAGAUUAUGCUUCCAUGGAAACUGAUAACUUUCACUCUUUUUAUUCUGUAUUUACUCUUGAUCAACUAUUCAAUUAAUGUCAUGAAAUGUAUGAAUAAGGAUGUAAAAUGAAAAAUAUUAAUUUAAAUAUCAAAAACACUUUUUAUCCUCCAAUUCGUAAUGAUUGCAUGAGAAUCAAAUAAGUGUUAGUUAAUCUUAUUAACAAUUCAAUCAAAUUCUGUUCAUUAAAUGGAAUAAUAACUAUUCAAGCAAAAGAAAAAAUUAAGAAUGACAAGAGAAUGGCCAAGCUCAAAGUCAAAGACAAUGGUGUUGGAUUCAGUUCAUCAUAAUUAGCAUUAAUAAAUCAUGUUCUAGAGUAGAAUAAUGACUAUUUUGAUGCUACUACUUCAAUGUGUAUUGGAUUGGGUUUAAAAGUAGCCAAUAAACAAGUGAAAUCAUUUAUCAAAGGAUAUAAUAGAUUGAAGAUUUCGUCUAUUUAAAAUACAAAAACUAGUGUCUCAUUUUACAUUGAAGAUUAAAUUGAUGAAUAGGAUCUGGAUUGUCAAUCGAGAGCAUCCAGAACUCUGUAUGGCAAUUUGUCGACUAUGACCAAUUCAGAAUAUAAAUUUAUAUCCGCUUUGAAAUGUAAAUGUCCUAAGAUAUUGGUUGUUGAUGACAUUCCUUUUAAUCAUUAAGCCUUACAAAUCAUGUUGAGUGCUUUUAAUUAAACAUGUGAUCAUGCCUUUGAUGGGUUAGAAGCGUUCCAAUGUGUACAUAAACGACUUCAAACAAAUAAGUGUCAUCCUUAUUAUUAAUUAAUUUUAAUGGACAUCGAAAUGCCCAAAAUGAAUGGAUUUGAUUCGGCCAUUCAAAUUACUGAAUUACUAGAAAAAAACAAAUAUCAAACUAAAAUUGUUAUGUGCACAGCAUAUGAUAAUUUGGAAAGUAGAUAAAUUGCUAAAUAAUGUAUGAUAGAUGAUUAUUUACCAAAACCUAUUUAGAGGAGCAAUUUGCUUAAUAUUCUAAAUAUAUUUAUUAAAUGA